AAACGUCCCGCAAGCCGCAACGUUUCGCUUCCUCUCUCUCUCGACCCUGUCUUGGCGUACUUUCCCGACGUCGAGCCCGCUACGUCAUAGGUCGCGGUUGCAACUGCUGCAGUGAGGUAACAACACAGCACCGGUCUUGGCAAACACCAACUGCGCACAGUCGCAAUGUCAAUGGCUCGGAGGAGAUCGAAUUCGUCACUCCGUACGAUGUGCUCACUCGCGCCGGCUUCGAAGUUCAGUCCGCCGGCGUCAAUCUCAAGAACGACAACUACGCACACAUGACGCGAAACAUCCACAUCGCCCCUGACUUUGUCCACAUAUACUCCGUUACCGCCCCAGCAGAACCUAGCUCCGAGUAGCAAGACGGACAGCAAAGCGACGGAGAAGUCGAGAGUGAUGAGUCAUCCGAGUGUAAGGGAGGAUGUCACGGGGAAGUGGUGGGAGUAUAGUGAGGAGAGGGUUAAGUGGACAGGAAGGUCAUCACUUCGAGAGGACCUGGCACAGCGAUGUUGUUUGCACUUACCAUUGUCGAGGUGGUGGCGAGCGAGGAGAAGAGAGAUGAGAUCUCUAGACCCUUGAUGGUUGCGGAGACUUUA